AUGAGCAGCAAAAGAGGACUCUCCUAGUGUGAGGCUGUGCCUUGUGUGUCAAGCUGGGCUGUUCCUUGGUGUGCCUUGACUACAAGAAGGUCUGAAAAGGGCAGAGAAAGGUGUUGCGCCCUUGCUUCCCUUGUCAAGACUCCUGGGCUAUUAGGUGUCACUCUGGCUCUUCUCAAGGCGCCGCCUGAUUGGCUGCCGGCGAGGGCUGAGGAAGACUCCUGGUGCUGGGCAGCUCUCCGGCUCCUCACCUCCUCCUCCUCCUCCUCCUCCUCCUCCUCUUCCCCAACCAACACAUCAUCUCUCUACGAGGCAAGUAAUUGGGAGCAUAUGAAGGCAGCCGGGGGAGGCGGGGGUUGAGUGAGGAGGAGGAGGAGGAGGAGGAGGAGGAGGAGGAGGAGGAGGAGGAGAACCCACACCAUUGUGUGUGAGAGUGGGGAAAAGACUCGAGGGGGAACAAGCCUUCUGUUUUGGUAGCUGCAGUGCAACAGAGGAAGGAGCCCGAGGUCUUCAUGUCCCGGGUUUUCGCCCGCAGUCAAACCGCUUACAGGUUCGGCUUUGCGUAAAGACUGCCUGUUGUGUUGUGUCUACUUGAGCAUCGCCUUUCUCUGAAGCCUCGCUUCCCAGGGCUGCUGCUGCUGCUGCUGAUGGGUUUGCGUCUCUCUGCAAUCUGAAGGAGAAGAGAGCUUUCCAAAGGGACCUUCCCUCCGAUCUUUCCGUUUCCACGGUGAAAACUCAUCUAUUCAUGGGGCUGAAAAGUUUGUUCAGAUCUACCAACGGAGAAGUACAGCAAGCCAUUGGUUACCACAGCGUCCAUCUGUGGUUAGGCAUUCUUCACUUCCACAAGUCAGAAAGACAAUAAAAAUGGAAGCUUCUUCUUCUGGAUCUAUCGUAUUACCAUCUCCAGUUGGGAAGCCAGUUACUCAUCAACCAGAAGGAAGAGAGCUUUGUCAAGGUCAUCAGCUGGAAACACAAAUACCAAUCAGGCCUGAUGCUCAGAAGAGAGAUGUGGACUUUUCAGAAAUUCUUAAUGCAAUACAAGAAAUAGCCAAGGAUGUCAAUAUUUUCUUUGACGAAUUAGAAGGCAUAACCAGCCCUUCCAAAGAUGAUGAUUCUUUGCUUCACCAUGGUAACUUGACCAGUACGUCAGAUGAUACUAGUAGACUGGAGGCAGUGGGAGAGGUAAUACCAGAGAAAAAUAAAUCCAGUGGGCUGUAUUUUAGGGAUGGGAAAUAUCGAAUUGAUUACAUCUUGGUGUACAGAAAAUCCAACCCACAAACUGAGAAAAGAGAAGUGUUUGAACGGAAUAUCAGAGCAGAAGGACUUCAGAUGGAGAAAGAGUCAUCUUUAUCAAACAGCGAUAUCAUCUUUGUGAAGUUGCAUGCUCCAUGGGAAGUGCUGGGCAAACAUGCAGAACUUAUGAAUGUAAGAAUGCCUUUCAGGCCCUUUAACCCCUUCACUGCUGGAGCCCCCUGCAUACUCGUGCCCUGCUGUUUUUUAAAUGGACAUUUCUUUGAAAACAAUGGAAGGUCCAGGAGAUCCAGGAGAAAAAUCUAUUACCUGCACCGCCGAUACAAGUUCCUGAACAGAAUCGAGAAACAAUUAAGCAGGUUUCGAGGAUGGUUACCUAGAAAGCCGAUGAGGCUGGACAAGGAAAGGAUGCCAGACCUGGAGGAGAACGACUGCUACACGGCUCCAUUCAGUCAGCAAAGGAUUCAUCACUUCAUCAUCCACAACAAAGACACAUUCUUCAACAAUGCUACAAGAAGUAGAAUUGUCCAUCAUAUUUUACAGAGAGUGAAAUAUGAAGAAGGAAAAAAUAAAAUUGGUCUGAAUCGAUUGCUUACAAAUGGCUCCUAUGAAGCUGCAUUUCCUCUUCAUGAGGGUAGUUACAGAAGCAAAAAUUCCAUAAGAACCCAUGGGGCAGAAAACCACAGGCAUUUACUCUAUGCAUGCUGGGCUUCAUGGAGAGCGUGGUAUAAGUACCAGCCUUUGGAUCUUGUACGGCGGUAUUUUGGUGAGAAAAUUGGCUUGUACUUUGCCUGGUUAGGCUGGUACACAGGAAUGCUCUUCCCAGCUGCCUUCAUUGGACUGUUCGUCUUUUUGUAUGGAGUAGCCACAUUGAACCACUGCCAAGUCAGUAAAGAAGUCUGCCAAGCUAGAGAAAUUAUAAUGUGUCCUAUCUGUGAUAAAUAUUGCCCCUUCAUGAGACUGUCAGAUAGCUGUAUUUAUGCCAAGGUGACACAUCUUUUUGACAAUGGAGCAACUGUCUUCUUUGCUGUUUUCAUGGCAGUGUGGGCAACUGUUUUCCUGGAGUUUUGGAAACGAAGGCGAGCAGUAAUUGCUUAUGACUGGGACUUGAUAGACUGGGAAGAAGAAGAGGAAGAAAUACGUCCUCAGUUUGAAGCCAAGUACUCCCAGAAAGAGAGAAUGAAUCCAAUAUCUGGAAAGCCGGAGCCUUAUCAAGCAUUUGCAGAUAAAUGCAGCAGAAUUAUUGUUUCUGCAUCUGGAAUAUUUUUUAUGAUUUGUGUGGUGAUUGCUGCUGUUUUUGGCAUUGUUAUUUACCGUGUUGUGACUGUCAGCACUUUUGCUGCCUUCAAAUGGGCUUUAAUCAGGAAUAACUCUCAGGUUGCAACUACUGGGACUGCAGUGUGCAUCAACUUUUGCAUCAUCAUGCUACUGAAUGUUUUGUACGAAAAGGUUGCUCUUUUUCUGACAAACUUAGAGCAGCCUCGUACUGAGUCUGAGUGGGAGAAUAGCUUCACUUUGAAAAUGUUUCUUUUUCAAUUUGUCAAUCUGAACAGCUCUACCUUUUAUAUUGCAUUCUUCCUUGGAAGAUUUACAGGUCACCCAGGUGCCUAUUUGAGAAUCAUAAACAGAUGGAGGCUGGAAGAGUGCCAUCCCAGCGGAUGCCUUAUCGAUCUCUGUAUGCAAAUGGGUAUCAUAAUGGUGCUAAAGCAGACUUGGAACAACUUCAUGGAACUAGGAUACCCGUUAAUUCAGAAUUGGUGGACUAGACGAAGAUUGCGGCAAGAGUAUGGUUCUCAUCGAAAAGCAAGAUUCCCACAGUGGGAGAAGGACUACAAUCUUCAGCCAAUGAAUGCCUAUGGACUUUUUGAUGAAUACCUAGAAAUGAUUCUUCAAUUUGGAUUCACAACCAUCUUUGUGGCAGCUUUUCCACUUGCUCCACUUCUGGCCUUACUUAACAAUAUUAUAGAAAUUCGGCUUGAUGCUUACAAAUUCAUUUCACAGUGGAGACGGCCACUAGCUUCAAGAGCCAAAGAUAUAGGAAUCUGGUAUGGUAUUCUAGAAGGCAUAGGAAUUCUCUCUGUCAUCACAAAUGCAUUUGUUAUUGCUGUAACUUCAGAUUUCAUCCCCCGACUUGUUUAUGCUUACAAAUAUGGGCCAUGUGCCGGUCAAGGGGAGGCAGGACAAAAGUGUAUGGUUGGUUAUGUCAAUGCAAGCCUAUCAGUAUUUUUAGUGUCUGACUUUGAACGCCGUUCGGAACCAUCAUCAAAUGGAAGUGAAUUCUCUGGCUCACCAUUAAAAUACUGCAGGUACAGAGAUUAUCGUGACCCUCCUCAUUCUCCAAUGCGCUAUGGAUACACGCUACAAUUCUGGCAUGUCUUAGCUGCGCGGCUGGCUUUUAUUAUUGUUUUUGAGCACCUCGUGUUUUGCAUAAAACACUUGAUUUCCUAUUUAAUCCCAGACCUUCCCAAAGAUUUGAGGGAUCGUAUGAGAAGAGAGAAAUAUCUGAUCCAGGAAAUGAUGUAUGAAGCCGAACUAGAGCGACUUCAGAAAGAACGGAAAGAAAGGAAAAAGAAUGGAAAGUCUUAUCACAAUGAAUGGCCAUAACCAAACUGGGUAUCAAAUCUAUAUUCUGUUUCCUUAUUCCAGUUCAUCAAGAACACUAUCUUCAGAGUAUGAAAAAUGCAAUCUCAAUGCAUGCCACAAUAUGAAAUAGCAAACAGGAGAGAACAUUUCAAGGAGUUAACAACUGUGAAAUCAUUUUUGCAAUCUAGUAUAUGAUUGCUAUUCAUAGACCAUUCUAGACACAAAAAAGCAUGUUAGUCCAGUUUUUAAAAUAAAAAAAACUUGUAUACUGUGGACUAUUUUUCAGCCUGUUUACUACCCUUUUGCAUUAUGUUCAUGUCACUUUUUCAACUCUUCAAAUACUAAAUAUACAUAACAAAUUGGAAUACUUUAGCAAUGGCUAUUACAAUAUCAUCUCCUACCAAGGUCUCAUAUACAUCAGACACACUGUUUACAAAAGAUAUCAUGUUUUUGGUUGUAUUUUGAGGGGAGAUGUUAUAUCAUAUAUAUGUAUAAUAUAUAUAAAGUAUAUAGAGAUUGUUUAUUUGUAAAUAGCAAAAAAUAAAAUAAACCUAUGGUGAAGAAUGUUAAAUUUUCACACUUUAAAAAUAUCAUUAAUGUAAAGCCAUGUUUAGCGCUUCUAUAAUGUGAAACAAUAAACUUUAAAUAUAAAUUAA